CCAUGGAAGAAGAAGAAAAUGUUGGAACUAGAAGGAGAAGAAAAGUCGAACUUCUCUCAGAGGUCGACACAGAGAGAUUACAUCAUGGAUUUCGAUCUCGAUCUCGACAUCGACACAUCGAUGUUGAUGAUGGACCAGAGCCAGAACCCUUUCUUGGCUAAUCCAGCGUCACCGUUUCCAUUUGCUUCAUCGUCUCACAACCCGCUUCUUCUGCUAUCAUCUUCCGAACAGCACUCUUCGCCUUUGUGGUCCUUCUCGGAUGCUGACGAGGACCCAACUGCUCGCAACACCGAUUCUUCUGCAGGUGGUCUUUGGGUUGCUGAUUGCUCUAGAUUGCUACCAAGUAAUCCUGAUCCUGGUACUGGUAAUCCUGUGACUGAUGAAGAUAAAAGAAGUCACGUUCCAGGACCUCGUGAUUUGGUGCCACGAGAAUGCCUAAUCAAAGAGAGGAUGAUGCAAGCACUUCGGUACAUCAAAGAAUCAACAGAUAAACAUGUUCUUGCUCAGGUUUGGGCACCUGUAAAGCAUGGGAACCAGUAUGUACUGACAACUUCCGGGCAACCUUUUGUUAUUGAUCCACACAACAAUGGUCUUCUUCAGUACAGAACAGUCUCUCUGACGUAUAUGUUUUCCGUGGAUGGGAGGAAUGAUGAGAAUCUGGGGCUACCUGGCCGUGUUUUCUGGCAGAAGUUGCCAGAAUGGACCCCAAAUGUGCAGUAUUACAGCAGCAAAGAGUAUCCAAGACGAAAACAUGCUUUGCACAACAACAUCAAAGGAUCCUUGGCUUUGCCAAUCUUUGAACCUUCUGGAAAAUUAUGUGUAGGUGUGCUUGAGCUUAUAAUGACAUCACAGAAGAUUAACUAUGCUCCUGAGGUUGAUAAAAUCUGCAAAGCUCUUGAGGCAGUAAAUCUGAAAAGUUCUGACGUACUGGAUCAUCCAAGCCAGAUUUGCAAUGAAGGUCGCCAAAAGGCCCUGGCUGAAAUAUUAGAGAUAUUAACUGUUGUGUGUGAAACCCACAAAUUUCCUUUGGCUCAGACAUGGGUUCCAUGCAGGCAUCGCAGUGUUCUGGCCAAUGGUGGUGGUGUGAAGAGAAGCUGUACAAGCUUUGAUGGAAGCUGCAUGGGACAAGUCUGCAUGUCCACAACUGAUGUAGCAUUCUAUGUUGUAGAUGCACGCAUGUGGGGUUUUCGCGAUGCUUGUGCUGAGCAUCACUUACAAAAGGGGCAGGGAGUGGCAGGGAGGGCAUUUUCAUCUCUUAGGUCAUGUUUCUCCAGGGAUAUCACUCGAUUUGGAAAAACUGAAUACCCCAUGGUACACUAUGCACGCAUGUUUGGCUUAACUAGCUGCUUUGCCAUUUGCUUAAUGAGUACUGACACAGGUAGUGACUAUUAUGUUCUAGAGUUCUUUCUGCCACCUAGCAUCACAGACUGUAAAGAGCAAGAAGCUUUAUUAGAUUCCCUCUUGGAAACAAUGAAGCUGCAUUUCCGGAGUUUGAGGACUGCUUCUGGAAAAGAACUGGAAGAGGAGUACAGAUCUGUUGAAAUUAUUGAAAAGUCUCCGGACGAGAAACUCAACUCCAAAAUUGAAUGUAUUCAAGUAUCCCCUAGCACUAAAUCGCCUAUGGGGCACAAUGGCUCACAGAAUAUGGUGGAGGUGGUGCAGUCAAAUCCAUUAGAACAGUGUGUAUUAGACAAUUAUGCUCUGAAGGAUAGAGAGAGUCUGGUUAUUACUGAUGAAAGCCACACUGCUGUUGCUUUCUCUGACAAUAAAGUCACGAAGAGAACAUUGGAGAGAAGACGUGGGAAGACGGAGAAAUCAAUCAGUUUAGAGGUCCUCCAACAAUAUUUUGCUGGGAGUCUUAAAGAUGCUGCAAAGAGUCUUGGUGUUUGCCCUACUACCAUGAAACGAAUCUGUAGGCAGCAUGGAAUUUCCCGUUGGCCUUCUCGCAAGAUUAACAAGGUUAAUCGUUCUCUAAACAAGCUGAAACAUGUCAUUGAAUCUGUCCAAGGUGCUGAAGGAGCAUUCAGUAUGACUUCUCUCGUGGCAAGUCCAAUUCCUGUUGCAGUUGGUUCCAUUUCUUGGCCUGCCAACUUUAAUGGACCCAAUCAACUGUUGCCAGGUUCUAAGCCUUCUGAUCAGGGGGGAAGGGACACUACAUUACCGGCCUACAUUACACCAGAAAGCGAUGGGCAUGGUGACAUUAGGGAUCAAAUAAUUGACGGGAAUGGAAUGUUGGCUCGUCAGGAGCUCAUUCAUAAGCAAAAUGGGGUUGUCACAGAGUAUUGUUCGAGUCCCACUGAGUCCAAUGUCUCUAAAACAAUAAGUGGAUCAGUAGCGGAGAGCGAGGACACCCAUAAUUCUCAUGGUUCAUGCCAAGGUAGCCCUGUCAAUGGAACUGCACAGUUUAAUGGACCAUUUGUUUCUUCCAUCCAAGAAGGUGUCAAUAUCGGAAUAUCAUCAGCUUGGGCAUGUCAACUGACACACACAAUUCCACCUGCUGCCUACUCUGUCCCUGAUGCUACUAUCAGUACACAACAGCAAGCACCAUUAGGUGGAAUGGUAAUAGAGGAUGCAAGAAGGUCCAAAGACUUGAGAUACUUCUGUGGUUCAACAGCAGAGUUUUGUCUGGAUGAGCAGGUCGCAGAUACUAGUUGUAUCAAACGUUCUGAUGAAGCCUCAUGGCAGACUAUGACUCCUUUCUCUCACAAGAUGCCACAUGUUGCAGCAAACCUAGAAAUUGGAACAAUUACCAUCAAGGCAACUUACAGAGAAGAUAUUAUUAGGUUUCGGCUCUCUCUGACUUCUGGUAUGGUCAAGUUGAAAGAGGAAGUGGCAAAGCGGCUGAAGUUGGAGGUGGGUUCAUUUGAUAUCAAGUAUCUAGAUGACGACCAUGAGUGGGUUUUGCUGGCUUGCGAUGCAGACUGGCAUGAGUGUAUGGAUGUCUCAAGAUUGUCUGGUGGACGUGUGAUCAGACUGUUCGUGUAUGACAUAGUUGCGAUGUCUGAGAGCUCUGGUGAUUUAGGAGGAAACACAUUGUAAAGUGUGUAGGCUUGUAGCAGAGACUUGUAAAUUAAAGGUACCAAGUAGGUUGAAAUAGUAAAUUAAUUUGAUAGUGACACUCUGCCAAUUGUAACCAAUUUUCCCUGUUUGGAAUAGAAAAAUUCAGCUCUCAUCUUUUGCGCU